CACCACACGGUCUCCAGGCUCCCGCUCCACAGCUCCAGGACUGUUGCAGGGGUCUCUUGGCAGGACCAUGCAGAUCCUGACGAGCCCAGCCCAGCUGCAGCGCCUGGAGGGCAUCCUGAAGAAGAGCCUGCCCCUCGCCCUGCCGGUGUACGGGGCAGUGCUGAACAUAAACCGGGGGAACCCGGGCGACUCCGAGGUGCUGGUGGACAAGUGGCCCGAUUUCGGCGCCGUGCUGGCCCGUCCCAGAGGAGAGGUGCCAGUGAACGACAGCUACUGGAACACGCAGACAGCGUUCUACCGGGAUUUGGGGGCGUACCGGGCACUGCUGGAGACCCCCGGGUGCCAGCGCUGGGACGCCGCCUUCAUCAUCAUCGGGCUACAGGACGGGCUGACCACGGUGUCACAGGACCUGGCGAGGGCCAAAGGCGUGGAGCUGGACAUCACCGAGUACUACACCUACGUGCACCCCGACCCCAGCACCAUGCCCGAGCCCCGGCUGGACCCCGGCGUGCGGCUGGGCUCCCUGCUCCCCUCGCACGUGGACCUGCUGAACCAGACGUGGCCCUACGGGGGCAACGCCCGCAGCCGGCGCUACCUGGCCGAGCUUUUGGGGCGCUUCCCCCACGUGUGCGUGCAGGACGGCGCCGGGGAGCCCCUCAGCUGGGUGCUGACCGACCAUUUCGGGACGGGCGCCCACGGCUUCACGCUGCCCGCGCACCGCCGGCGCGGCCACAUGCAGGUGGCACUGACGGUGGCGGCGCGGCGGGCGCAGGCCCGGGGGUUCCCCACUUACGGGCACACGGCGCUGCACAACGGGCCCAUGCAGCAGCUGCAGGAGCUGAUGGGCCACCAGCGCCUGCCCGGGAUCUGCCACUACAUCCUGCACAACCCCGGCAUGGACAAGGACGGGCCCUGAAGCCCCGCCAGCUCCUGCCCGGGGCGGGACAAGGGAGAAAAGCCAGCCCCGAAUUAAAGAGUGUUGUGGGGUCUCUGUUGGCUGCUGUGGGGUUGUGUCUCCCUCCAGCACUGACCGUUGCAGCGGUGACACGGCUUGGUGGCUCUCGUGUCACCUCCCCUGGGAGACACCCCGUUACAGGACACGGACCUCAGCUAUUCUCGGCCCCCCCCAGGGAGGGCCUCAGGCAAAUGGUGGCACCUGCAGUGUCACAUCCCCCCCAUGGGAUGGUGUCACCAACAGCUGGGGGUGGCAUGGGCAGGCACAGAGGCUGUGGGUCACCUCCUGGGCGUCCUGGUGGGGACAGGCAGUGACACAGAGGACACAAGGUGAUGGUGUCACGGAGUGAGUCAAGGCAUGGGGAGGUGACGGGGACUGACAGGGGGUGACAGUGCCUGGGG